AUGGCAAAAGUCAAGGCCUACGAACUCCAAUCCAAGUCCAAGAAUGACUUGUCGAAGCAACUUCUUGAGCUGAAGAAUGAGCUCCUCACUCUGCGAGUGCAGAAGAUUGCCGGUGGAUCAGCGUCAAAAUUGACCAAAAUUUCUGCCGUCCGCAAGUCUAUCGCUCGCGUCUUGACUGUCAUGAACCAGAAGGCCCGCCAAAACCUCCGGGAAUAUUACAAGGGCAAGAAAUUCCUUCCUCUGGACCUGCGAACGAAGAAGACAAGGGCCAUCAGGCGGCGGUUGACCAAGCACGAGGCGUCGCUGAAGACCUUGAAGCAGGCCAAGAAGGACGCCAACUUCCCUAUCAGGAAGUACGCUGUCAAGGCCUAA